AAUCCCGUGCCAUGUUUAUCGUCUGCUUGCUCUCUCAGUAGUGCAAAUGGAGUAAGAAUGAGUGAGUGUCGGGGAACGGGCGCUGGUGGAAUUUACGCAGCAAAAUGGGCGACCGAGCCAGGAGCCUCACCAUUGACGGCGUGCGGCUGAUCAAGGACCUAAAGGUGGUGGAGCUGAAGGCGGAGUUGGAGCGUCGGGGGCUGACCAAAUCCGGCAGCAAGAAGGAGCUGCAGGAACGUUUGCGUAGUAGUGUACAGUUUGAGAACACAAAAUCAAAGGCAACAGCCUCAGUCAAUGAAGAGGAUGUCCCUAAUAGAUGGCUACAAAAUGAGCCCAACUUAGAUAACAACGAUUACAUACGAGAAUACUUCCAGUCCCAGAAGGCUCUUUAUCGGCAGCAGAUAGAAGUUAGAAGACAGUAUAGAGAAACUGCAACUACUACAGUUCCUGGGACCUCUGAGGUUGUCGGUGGUUCAACCACUGAUACUCAUCAGCCAUCAACUCCACUACCACCAGAACCACAGCCCACACAGGUGACUGAGGCCAAGGUAAGAAAGUUGAAGAUUGAAGCACCACCACUACCAGAGUCUCCCUCUACCUCCAACUGCAGUAGGCCCAGCAGGAGCUCUGCCCGUGCUGCUCGAGUCCUCAGUCGAGUGUCCCUUGAAGAUUCGGAGGAGGAUAACUCAGAGGAGGAAGACCACCACCAUCACCGCCCUCAACCACCACGCAGGUCGCGCAAGCGCUCAGUCCGACAUAUCCCAGCCUAUCACGAGAGUUCUAACCACCAUCCAGGCCACACCUCGUGUGAAGCUGUUUCUCCUGAUCUUAAAGACCGUGUACCAUCUCUUAAAAUUAAACUGCCAGAUGCUGUGCCUAAUAUCACUGACGAAUUACCAAAGAGAAAAGAAGACAGUUCUAGUGCAAAGAGAGAAUCUAUCCAUUUAUCUGAUAACAGGGUUGGUGUUGCAAACCAAGCUUUGAGUAGAAAACAUUUAACUGAACCAGUGAAAGAGGUGUGUGCUCCAGAGGUUUCUACAUCUUUGAGAGUACCAGUGACUUCAGUUGUCAGUGGUGACACUCCUGAUGGAAGAUUGUCUUUAAAAGUCAUUCCACCUGUCUCUCCCAUUGGAAAGACUAAAGAAAGGGAGCAAAAGUAUCCUAGUGAAGAUACUUCUGUGACAGCUUUAAGUGCAGAAUUACAACCUGUUGUGUCAUUGAAAAGGAUACAGCAAGGUGGUGAACAGACUGUUUUGAAAUCAUCUGGAAAACCAGAGGUCUUAGCUAAGUCUUCUCAUAUUAACAGUCAGAGUAAGUGUAUAAAUUCAAAUGCCCCUAAUAUAGACAUACAUGAACAACAAGCAAAGGAGAAAGUAAAAGAACCUGAAAAUAAGGACAAGUUAUCUUCUGUAACAUUACAACAGAAACACAAAGUUGUCAAAUCAACACCAGUAAGUGAAGCAUCUGCUAAACUUGAGAGUGCUGGAGAUGCCUUACCAAUUAUUGAAACACAUCCUGUAGUGCACAAGGCAAGUGACACUAAGAGGGUUUCUGAAAGUGUGUCAGUAAAGGAUGAGUGUGAUCAGUAUAGUGGUAGUACAGUACUACAAAACAUAAAGAAAGUUGAAAAGGCAAAGAAGUCAGAUUAUAGUACAUUAGAGGUCACAAAACAUUCGUCCAAUAUAGUUGCAAGGGAAGGGAAUACAUCUAAGCUACCAAGUUCUGUGAUUAUAAGCAAGCUUGAUAACUUAACUGUCCCAGAAGUUUCAGCAAAGAAAGCUGAUGGGGAAUCCAGAGAUCUGUUGAAAACUAAUGAAAUAAAAAGUUUGGGUGAAAUAAGAAAAGCCCUCACCAGUGACAGUCUUUCUAUUGAAAUUGUUAAUGUUCACAAAGGUGAAACAGCCAGAAAAGAUUGUCUGGAAAUUGAAGAAACCUCAACAAAAACCUCUGAAUCUUCAUCCCAUACAUUUGUAGGUCCUGCCCCAAAGGUUCCAUUAGCACAGGGUCCUGUAAAAGCUAAGAUUUGGGAGAAGUUACUUGACACUGCACAGAAAAAGGGAGACCCAGUGAAAGACUUCUCUAAACAGGGAUCUAAGGAUUCAUCACCAAAAAGUGAUACUGAUCAAUCAGAAAAACCAGAAUCUCACAAACAGAAAAGAGAAAGUUUAAAGGAAGUUGAAAAGGAAUCAGAACAAAGGUCUGACAGUAAUUUGAGUAGUGUUUCAUCUGAAAACCAGGAAACCAUUCUCAAGAAGCUUGUUAUCACUAAAGUUUCGGAUUUUGAACCAACAUCUCAUUCUAUCACCAGUCUUCUGUCCACAAGUAAUAAAGAUAGAGAAAGAGAAAGAGGAGGCAUAAAGGAAAUAAAAAGACUACAUCUUGGAGAAGAAAGUGGAACAGAAGAGUUGCAGAAAAGUAAUUUGUCAAGUUAUACUCCUCCCUUACUACUGAGUACAUUGUGUGGUGGUAAAGAAUCUAACCCAAGUGUACAAUCAGAAAUUACACAGCAAAGUAAGGCUCUUGCAGUCAGCUGUAGUAUUAAAACCCCUUUAGUGUUUGCAAGUGAAACUGAAUCUGAAAUCCAAAAGUUACCACAUUCACAGUCAGAAAAGACUACUAUUCAUAGUGUUGAGAAAGUUAUCCAAGAGCAGUCUCCUGUUGAUACAAAUUUAGAUGCUUCUAAACAUUCUGAUUUUGUGGACACAACUCUAUCAGUUCAGCCCAGUGCAAAGAAUACAUUACAUUCUGUUAAGAGUCUUUUGCCUAAAAGCAAGAGCACCUUAGAAGAGACAAAAUUGCCAAAUUCUGUUGCAGAGCAAAACUUUCCGCACAAGACUGAAAGCAUUAAUACAAAAGUCUUGGAAAGCACAUGCAUUGAAAAUAAAAUUUUGAGCACCAAAUCAGAAAUAGGACCAAAUAUUCCUGACAACUCAAAACACAUUAAUAUUUCAACAUCAUCUCAAAUCAGUAAAUCAAAAGUAAAGACACAAACCUCUUUGGAAGCUGUUGGAACAGAUAAAUAUAUAGAUUUCUCUGAUAUUUCAAAACCAAGUGGACAUAUUUCUAACAAAGAAGUAAAGGCUGUUAGUUCUGUGAUUCAGCCUGUUCAUAAAUUCAAGAGCAUUGAAAGUCUUAUAAGUAACAAAUGUGAAACUGAAAGUAAGGAAGGCAAGAAAGUAAAGCAACUACUAACAGUUCCACAAAAUACAGAACCUGCACAAUGCACUGAGUUGCACAUUGAUGUUGAUGACAAAUCAAUUGCAUGUUCAGAAAAGGAAACAUCAAAAAAUACAGACUCUACUUGGACAACUACACCAAUAACAAAGGUUGCAGACACUGAAAGAGGAAGAUCAAUAAGUACAGAACUUACACAUGCAGCAUCAAAAUACACAGAUCUAGAAAUAUUGGCAAGUACCUAUAAGGAAGAAGAAAAGUCUGCUGUCAGUGAAGAAGAAACUGUUGGUAUUGAUAAGGAUAUAACUUGUAACCAAGAAUCUUCAACUUAUUUUUCAACAUCUAAAGAUUCAAAAACUAGUGUUGAAGAACUAGCCCUGUCUAUAGAAAAGACAACUGGAGACCAGAGCAUCUUUCCAGUAUUGUGCAAGGAUAGGCAGUCAUUACUAAAGCAACCUCAUUCUCUACUCAAGGAUUUAAUUUCUACAUCCUCUGAAGAUGCACAUGUGGUAAAGACUGAAUCUUCAAAAAUAACAAAAAAAACUGAGGAAAAAGCUGGGUCUUCAGCUGAAUCAAAAUCAUUUGAGUGUCUUACAGAAAUUGAAGGUAAUUUUAAAUCAAAAAGUCAAACAAAACUUGAAUUAAAUCCAGAAUCAAAAGAUUUUGCAUCAAAAUCUGAAUUAGCUACUGGUUCAAAGGACACAAAUUCUCAGAAAAGUGUUGAGUCAAUAAGAGAUCCUGCUUCUGAAUUAAAAUCAAAGGAGGCAAGUGAAAAAAUACAUACAGAAUUAAAAACAAAAGAGGAUAAUAUUAAAGUUGAAAAUCCUCUGUCUAGUAAGGUAAAGAAUAAGACUGAUAGUCUUUUAAGUGACACACAUGAUCAUAAGAUUUGUUCACCAGAUAAGAGUCCAACAAAAAGUGCUGUUGACAUUAUUAAGUUCACUGAGCAUCAAAUUGAUGUAUUGUCAGUAUUGAAAGGAAAAACUUCAAAGAAUCAAGGCAGCAGUUUAUCAGAGGUCCAGCUUGAUGUUAAAGAUAUUUCGAAAGAAAAUAGUAGUGCCCAAAAAGUAAGUGAAAAAGAACACAGUGUUGAAGUUGAGAAAGAUCAGAGACAGAGAGAUCAUCAAGCAACAAAAUCAUCUUCAGAGUCUGAUUGUAAGACUGUAUGUCAGUUGUCUAGCCACAGUUCAACAAGCUCUUCUGCUCCAUUAGUUAGUGAAGAUAGUUCACAGAAAGCAGCAGCUAGUGAAGUUUGUCCAAAAGGAGAGGUUGUUUCAGAUCUUAAUAUUAAUCCCUCAUUUCUCAAGGCAGAAGUUCAUAUUUCAUGUGCACCUACAGCAGUUCCCUCUUUAGUACAAAAGGCUGAAACCAGUUCUAAUACAAGUUCUGGAUUUGAAAGUGAAAAAGGUUUGUCUUUCAGUGAAAUCAGGAAGGCGGAAGUCAGUUCUGUGAAUAAAACUGUUGCAUUAAAGGAGCAGAAAUCAGAGUCCACAUCAGAACAGGAAAGUGGCACAGUAAGUGCCAUCAAGACAAAUACUGAAGCAGAAAGUUUCCCAAAAAGUGAAGAUCUGAGGACAGAUGAGGAAAAAAUUGUAGAUUGUACUGAAAGAAGAAACAUUAAGGUAGAGUCUACUGAAAGUUCUACAGUAUCUUGUCCACAGAUUACAGAUACCACUAAUGAAAAGGAUAUAUCUUUAUGUAUACCAAAGGAUCAGGCUGACCUUGGAAAUUUAAACACCACAAAUAGUGAAGAAUAUAUUGUCACAAGAAAUAUCACUGAAACUGAUACAACAGCAAACUUUCCAGGAAAUGAAGCAAGUGUAGGCAUUACCAAAACUGGAACAGAUACCUCAUCUGUCAAUGAGAAUAAAACAAAUAUUACAUCAGGUUCCAAGAGUGAAAGUUGUUCUUUGAGUGUUGAGGUUUUCAAAGAAGUCAAUACCACAAGUACUCCAAAAAGUGAAGUUUGCCUUGCUGGUACAGAUAUCAAGACUGAAACAAGUGAAAUCAACAACAGUAGUAAAAGUACCACCAGUACUGAAAUUUGUUCAGCUGGCACAGGCAUAACAAAGACCGAACCAUCUACUAUACUGAUUGGUUCUUCUGAAAGUAAAUUUUGUGAUUCUGACAUUAAAAAUGGGACCAAGACUAUAACUGAUACACCAAAUUCUUCUGAGAAUGUAUUUCAUGCUUUGAGUACAAACACCUCUGGGACUGAAGCAACCAUUGUACAACAUCCCACAAAAGUUUGUCAAAUUGGGACAGACAUCACCAAGACUGAAAAAGGUAAUAUACCAAGUAGUUCUAAGAAUCCAUUGCAUUCUGCAAGUUUGGAUACUACAGGGAAGGAAAUAAGUACUACACAAAAUUUUCCAAAAAGUGAAGGUCUUGGGAGUACAAACUUUGCACAUAGUUUUUCCAAAACUGAAGAUUCCUCUCCUGUAAUAAGCACUACUGAAAGUAAAACCAAUACAUCUGCAACUAAAGUGUAUACUGUAGGCACAGACUUGGCCAAGGAACCCAGCUCUAUACAAAGUUAUUCAACUGGACAUAGCCUUUCUAGUACAGACAUCACCAAAGUUAAAACUGAUACAAUACAGAGUUCUCAUAAAAGUGAAUUUUGCUCCACUGCCACAGUCAUUACAGAAGCUAAAGCAAAUACCACACUAAGUUGUCCAGAGAAAGAGGUCAGUCUAGUGAAUACAGACACUGACAAGACAAAGGGUGAAGAUUAUUCCUCAAAUACAAAUAUUAAGAGUGUAAUUGGCACCACUGUUAGCAGUUACAGUAGUGGGGUUUGUCUUUUUAGUCAAGACCCUGUAAAGAAAACAGAUACUUCAAUAAGUACUCUCAAGGGUGACUGUUCUACGGAGGAUACAUCAAAUUUGGCUAAUAGUGAGGUUUGCUCUCUUAAAACUGAUAUUAUCAAGGCAGAAAUAAGUGCUGGACCAGGUGAGGAAGGUGCUUGUUCUUCAAGUGCAGGGACCACUGAGACCAAGGAUAAUACUUUACCAAGUUCUCUUAAGAGUGAGAGUCCUCUUCUUGGUACAAUCACUGCAAAAAGAGAAGUCUCUUUGACCAAAACAGAUACUAAGGAAAAAGUUUCUGUUGAUACAUUAAUUUCCAAGACUGAGAGUGGAAAUCCUGAAAGUUUUGUUAAAGAUGAAGGUCAUUCCCAAAGUGAAUUGAAAACCAAGGCCGAAAUAUUUUGUAACUUUAGGGAAUCUAAUAUUAAUGAAGGAUCAUCUAAUAUUUCCGAUGACUUGAAGCAGGGUGUACUUUCAAGAUCUUCAAAUUUGAAGCUGCAAUUUACAACUUCAUCUGAAAUUCAUCUAGUUUCCUCUUCAGAGUCCUCAGAAACUACAGGUAACAACAGUACUACUUCAAUUCAAAGUAGACUUGUUUCUGAGCAUUCACUUGUCACUGUUAAUGAAAGGCUAGAUCAGGGGAAAGAAAAGAGUAAUUUUGAUUUGACUGAAUCAAACAGGGAUACUGACAUUGCCAAAGUAAAGGUUGACUCACCCAGCAAAGUUAGCACAGAUAUUGGACAAGUUGAAGUCUCAAGUCCAGUGUACUGUGAGAAGUCAGACAGUGCAAAGGGUGUAGUAAGUGAAUUAUUUGGGAGUUGUGAAGAAUUCACAGAAGAUAAGGGUUCAGGAAGACACAUCAGUACUUCAAACACAAACAAAUCUCUGACAAGUGAGAUAACAACCAGCAUAUCACAACCAGAAAAAGUUACUAAGGACCAAACUUGUGCUUCAGACAUUAUAACCAAAGAAAGCGUAGAAGACAACACAGCUUCAUCUGAUUUGGAAGAUAUUGAAAUCAAGGAUCACCAGCAGCAAAAACCAUUGAACAAACAGGAGGAUUCUCCCAUUGUUAGAACACUAGAGGCACCUACAUCACCAGUAGUAGAGGAAUCAGGUGAUAGUCAAGAGAAAGAACUAUCCAAUCAAGAAACAUCAGAUACUGACAGCAGUUCCAGUUCUGAUUUACUUAUAAAGAUGGGUCGGCGUAGAAAGACGCAAGCUGGAGCAGCAGAAGAAGACAAGGACAUUGUGACUUUGCCAAGCUCACAAAGAAAUCAGAAAUCUAAGGAGAUAGUAAAUGAAAAUAGCACUGAUGGUAUGGAAGAAGCAGAAACCAGCACAAGAGUCUCUCAGAGGACCACACGAGGACGAUCUAAGAGGGAGAGCAGUAAUGGAGAUGUAGACCAAGAAGAAACCAUGAGCACAAGGCGUCAAAGGAGAAGUUCCCGCAGUGCCAGUGUAGAACAAGAAGAGUCAGUUAGCACGAGGCGCCUAAGGAGAAGUUCUCGCAGUGCCAGUGUAGAACAAGAUAAGAUUUUAGGAGUAGAGGUCAGUAGAACAAGGACACGUAGAAGCUCUACUCAAAGUGCUGUGGAAGAGGAUACAGAAAUGGAAUCUGAAAAGUGCCAGGUGAAAAACAUCAGCACACGAGAUGACAGCUCAGAUACGGAAGUCCCUCACAAGAGAGUCCGGAGGUCUCUUAGACAUACUGCUAGUGCUGAUUCUGAAGAGUCUGAAGAAGAAAGCAAAGUGGAUAAAACAGCACCAAAAGGAAGGAAACUUGAGAGCAUUGAGGAAUUAAAUGAAAGUCAACAUGAUACUCCUAAAAAGUCAAAAGAUUUUGAAAACCAAGAUAAAAUUGACCGUAAAAGGAGUGAUGCUAGUGAGGAAAUCUCAAACAAAAGCCCUUCAAGUGACACAGAGAAAGCAGGACAAAAAGAAGAGAAUGAUACCUCUGAUAAAGAGGAAUUGCAUGAGAAACAUGGGCAACAUAUAGAUACUGAAAAGACUAGCACAAAAGGUGGUGAUGACACCUGUGCUAGGAUGAAAACUGAGGUAGACUUCAAGAAAGAAAGGAAAGAGCUCUCAAUGCCAUUGAAACUGCAGCGUAAUGAAGUCAAGCUGGCAUCCACUGAGCUUGACAGGCGAUCACUAUCAAGAUCUCGGUCUUCAAGUUCCUCCAGGUCUCCUUCUCCGAAGAAUAUAAAGCAUGCUGAAAUCCCACCAUCGAAAUCUAAGAAGGAAUCUAGGAUCAGUAAUAGUGAAAAGUCUGAGCAAAAUAGGUUGCCAGAAAAACAACUGGAUUUAACGGAUAGCAGAAGUCCCAGUGAAGAUUCAAAGAAGACAAGCCAUCGACCCAGAUUAAUGAGAAAUGAAGUUAAAGUUACACAGAGUUCACCUGAAAAAUCUGAACGAAGUAGGAAACACAGCUUCCAUUCAAGUGAAAGUUCAUCUGAUGAUUCUUCAAGGUCUCCCACUCCCAAGAAACGUAAGAAAAGGCACUCCUCAUCCUCAAGUUCGUCCAGCAGCUCAUCGAGAUCAAGGUCACGACACUCCAGGAAGAGGUAUGAGAAGCGUUCAGGCUCUGAUCACAGGAAUGAUUCUGGCUCAGUUGAUCAGCAUCCUGUAACAAAGUCAGCUGAAAGUUGCAGAUCCAAAGAAGAUGAGGAGAAUGAAAAGACAAAACAUAGAGCCAUAAAUUUCCCAGGUGGAAAGAAAAAUCGCCACUCAUACUCACGUUCUAAAUCUCCAGAUGAGAAAGUCUCAAAAGAUGAAGAACCUGAUGUACAGCAUGAUGGCACUUCUGGUGAAGACAUGAAGAAGGAAAUAUACAGUGAGAAUAAACAGCAGCUUGAGGAAGAGGAAAAAGAGCAUGCAGUAACUAUUGAUUAUUCUUCAUUCAAAUCAGUCCGUAAAGUUAGUCUAUCUAGAGGAAAGUCUCGUGAAGAGGAGGAUACUGAGAAGCCCAAGAAGAAGAAAUGGGGAAGUUCAUCAAAAAAGCCAUCUGUUGAUAUUUCUUCAGCUUCUUUGAAGACAAUAAUUCCUGAUGUGAAGCCACUGUCUGCCUCUGAGGUUCAUAUGGGAGAAGAUUCAGCUCCAGAAAGUGGAGAGGCAAGUGACUUGGAGGGUCCUACCCCUCCACCAACAACAGUGUUCCAAGUGACGACGCUCACUGAAGAGAGGGAUGACAAGGAAAAGGUAGAAAAUAAGCCAAGGCGUGAAGUAAGGGAAGUGACAUCGCCAGUCCCAGUAAAGCAAAAGAAGCACUCUCCAAGUCCUGAAGAAAAAAGGAGCCGGAAAAUUCAUCUCUUCGAAGGACCUGUUCCCAGCACCAAACCAGCAAUUGCUCCAUCUCGCAACCCACCAUCCAGAGUGGUGUACAUACAGAACUUAGUGCGACCCUUUACUAUUAACCAGUUGAGAGAACUACUGCAACGCACUGGACGGCUUACUGAAAAUGGCUUCUGGAUAGACAACAUUAAGUCAAAGUGUCUUGCCAUGUAUGAAACAGAAGAUCAGGCCCUGGAGACUAGAAUGGCACUUCAUGGUGUACGUUGGCCUGUCUCAAACCCCAAAAAUUUAUUUGUUGACUUCUCUACCGAGACGGAGAUGAAGAAAAGGAUGGCAGAUUUUUCUCCUCCACCUCAAAAAACUAUAGAAGAUCGCAGGGAUGAGAGGUGGAAGCGUGAGGGACCUGUGCGAGAAUGGGAUCUUGCCAAGAUUGGAGAACGUUCACCUGGAGAGAAAGAGCGGGAGAGAGAAAGACUCCGCAGAGAGAGAGAGGAGGAGAGGCUGAGAGAACACAACAAACCUAGGAGCCCAGGAAGAGAACAAGAAAAGAAACCAGAAGAACCACCUGCAAAAUUGUUGGAUGAUCUAUUCCGUAAGACAAAAGCUCAGCCUGCAAUAUAUUGGCUCCCACUGACUGCAGAACAG